AAGCCAGGGUGGAAGGGAAGCGCGAGGUACCUGGGGAGAAGGAGGAGGAGGUCGAGGUCGAGGUGUGUGACUCCCGGCGGCCUCGGGCAAGGACUGGACGCGAACCGCAGCCUCGGGCGGGCAGGCGGGCAGGCGGGCAGGCGUACGAGGCAGUGGGCGCCGGAUGCUUAUUUAAUGAAAUAGUGCCAUAGACUGAAAAACAAACAUGAGGAUGGCAGGUGCUGUGAAGUUGGUGGUUGCUGUAGCAGUAUUUCUACUGACAUUUUAUGUUAUAUCUCAAGUAUUUGAAAUAAAGCUAGAUUCAAAUUUAGGAAAUUUAUUUGCAAGGUCAGCACUACAGAUAGCUUAUACAAAACCUCCCAGAUAUAAAUGUGGGAUUUCAAAAGCUUGUCCAGAAAAGCAUUUUGCCUUCAAAAUGGCAAGUGGAGCAGCUAAUGUCGUUGGCCCCAAAAUUUGUGUAGAAGACAAUAUUUUAAUGAGUGGUGUAAAGAAUAAUGUUGGAAGAGGAAUCAAUGUUGCAUUGGUAAAUGGAAAAACAGGAGAAGCAUUACGCACUGAAUACUUUGAUAUGUGGGGAGGAGAUGUGGCACCAUUUAUUGAAUUCCUUAAGUCUAUUCAAGAUGGAACCAUAGUUUUAAUGGGAACAUAUGAUGAUGGAGCAACCAAACUCAAUAAUGAGGCAAGAUUACUGAUUGCUGCUUUGGGAAGCACAGCUAUCGUUAACCUCGAUUUUAGAGACAACUGGGUCUUCUGUGGUGGAAAAGGCAUCAAGACAAAAAGUCCCUUUGAGCAGCACAUAAAGAACAAUAAGGAUACAAACAAAUAUGAAGGAUGGCCAGAAGUUGUAGAAAUGGAAGGCUGUAUCCCCCAAAAGCAAGACUGAACAAUAUGAAGAAUGUUAGAGAAAAUUAUCUUUAUGCUAUUGAUGGGAAUGCUAUGAAGGAGAUAUUACUAUGUAAAUAUUUUGAGAGUAUAUGUCCAUCUUGUCAGUUAUGCAUGAGUAUCAACUCUUCCAAAAUCAGGAUUAUUUAUUGCUAACCUAAAGAGUAAACUUUGUAAAUAGGUCUACCAUAAUGAACCUUUUAUAAGCUGUUGUUUCUCUAAAAGCACAGUAUUUAGAUUGCAUUAUGAUGAACAACAUCUUUAAGAUGUAGGAAUGUCUUUUUUAAGCACACAUUGUGAACAAAUUAUGAAGACUGUUAUACUAUUGUUUUAUAGAUGCAAUUGCUAUAACAAUGUGGCCAUUGUGAAAAAUAAAGAGUUUUGUUGGAGUGGGGAGAGGGUUAAACUUUUUUUUUUAAUGUGCUGCCCUUUUGAAGGCAGUAAUCAGUCUUUAAUAAAGAAGUAUUUGACUGGUUGUAUAUAUUCUGGAAUUUUGCUUUGCUGUCUAAUACCAGAUACCCCUCCUAUUCUACCUCACUUCCUUCCCUACCUUAUUUCCUUGCCUCCCACAGAAACUUAUGGCCAAUAAAUUUUUAAAAUAUAUAAUUAAAAUGUUUGAUGUAGAACUUUAGAUCAAGUCUGCAAAAAAGCACAAAUCCUUUUUGUAUAAAAGAGUGAUAAAAGAAUGUAUAAAUGUAUAUGAUUUGAGUUGCAGCUUGAAAUAAUUUGUAUUUAUGAUGUAAGUAAGUUAACUUUGUAGUAGCCAUUUAAAGAAUGACCCUGAUAUAGUUUAGCAGCGUGGUCAUAGAAAUAAACAGAUUUUUUGAAUUUUUAUUUUUGUAUGUAUUUCUCUGACCAUCAUUCACUCUUGUUUAAUGAAAUCUGCAAUUUUUAACCAGUAGUCUGAAUGGUCAUAUCUGUAAAAAUGGAAUACCCUCCUUAAUUUGUCAAUUUUGACUUUUCUAGCAAAAUGGUCAGUGAAAGAGUUGGGUGUGUUGAGAGCUUUCCAAAAAACACAUAUACCAGGGAAGGUCCCGUGCAGUCAGUCAUUUAUGCAACUCUACAGUCAGCAAUACUUUGUCUAUAGCCGUUAAGACAACAGGGGUAAUGCAUUUUCAGAAUUUUAAGUGUAUAGUUCUAAAUAUCCAAUAAUACUCUAGUUAGUCUUUUCAGAAAUGUUUAAAUUAGGCCAAAUCAAGAUAAUUUUAUAUUUGGUUUUAAAUAAACAUAUAAGAGAAAUCCAAGUUUUUAUUUAAUAUGUUCAACUAUUCAUUGAGUUUGCCGAGUUUCAGUUUUUUUCUUGACCUCACCUACAGGCUACAUACGUCGUACAAAUGGUAUAAUCUUGAGUAAAUCAUUGGCACAAGUUAACGUUUUACAUGGUACAUGUGCAGAAAAAACUUGCAAAAUUAUCAGAAUUUUAAUAACUUGUACUAAUUAACUAGGAGAUUUUGUAAUUUUGCUUUGUACUUCAAAAUCUUCCUCAAAAACAGCAGUAAAUCAAGGUGGAAACUGUAAAUGUUUAUUAAAAGUUAAAUAGCUUGUACCUAAGCUGAAUGUAAAGCAAGAAAAAAUGCACCUUAUGUUUUUACACAAUUAAAAUAAUUGUAGUUUUGGACACUUAAAACCACAUUUGUGUGUGUGUGUGUAUUGACAUCAGUUCCCUCAGUUCUCUAAAUUGAAAGUACAGUGGCAAAUUUUGCAGUGUCAGGGAUGGUAAAGCAUCAGAUUUCUUUCAGGUAAUGAUUAUUAAAUACUCUUGGUUUUUCGGUAUGAAGAUUUGUUGUAUUUUCUGAUAAACUUGUUAGAAUUGCAGAUGUAAUAUUUUCCAGACAUUUUACUGAGCUAUUUAUCUUGCAGGUUUUAAGUCAUACCUGUGUAUCUAUGCCAUUAUCCUUUGGAUUUUUUGCCUUAGCAUUGUAUAUAAAAAUUUAGAAAUUCAAACAAUAAUGUGAUAUCACUUUUGAUGUAAAGGCUAUGAAAUAGCUUUGAAAACAUGAAGUUUCAAAAGGAAAAGAUAAGGAGUUAGUCUGUAACUUUCUGAGGUUUUUUUGGUGUGAAUAUCCUUUAUGAUUUGUGCCAACUCUGACUUUUGGAAGCAAUAAUUUUACCACUACCUUCAUUCUCAGGUUCUUUUUUUUUAAAUCAUCUCAUUGUAAGUGAAGUUAUGUUCAUUUAAUUAUAAUGCAGUUUGAAUGUUCUUUAUUAAAAUCACAAGUUAAGCAUCUGUA